AUGCUAACGAAAAAGACGGCACAAUCUAACAAACAAACCUCAUUCCCGUCUGCGACAGUGCCUACCGUAGGCCAGUGGUACGAAACCCUUCUGACAUUUGCCACGAGUGCCAAAGGCAAUAAAGUACUCGAUCUACACGGAUACAGGCUCUGCAAGAAGAAAACAACCAAACACCUUACUUGGUGGUCUUGUAUAAGCAAGAGCUGCAAGGCACGUUCCGCUACAAUCGGAACCCAUGAGAGUGACCUCCGAGCUUCGCAUAUCCCUAACUAUAGUACAAAAUCAUCCACCACGUUUGUCCAUAAACCGGUUGACCAAAGUCCGGAACCCAUCGAAGUGCAUCGUGCACCUUCUAUCUCCGGUGCGAUCAAAUUCGUUCGUAGUCAGAAAAAGAAUGCCCAAUUGGUGUACAAGGGUUUCCUGUACAAUCGGAAAUUGACCCAGCAAAACGGCAAUACCACGUGGCGGUGCAUCGAAGUUACGAAGUUACGCUGCAAGGCGAUUUGCGUUACCAAAUUCAACAAAUUGAUACUUGCCAAACGACAGCAUUCUCAUGAGAACCAUGAAAGUAAGAUCAGGAAUCGGCCGCUGUAUGACUACCCGGAAGAUUUGGAGGAAUAUCUGGACAUCUUCUCUAGGGAACCGAUUUCGGCGUCGCAGAAGCUGGACGUCAUCGACGAUGGAACCGAUUACAAACUGGUCGUUCGGGAUACCAUUGAGGAAGUCGUGCAUGGAGCACCUGGGAGUCACAUAGGAGACAUGAUGACGAGUGGGACGAAUACGUUCUAUGCGGCACCUCAGUAA